AUGGACCUCGUCAAGAGUGGCGCCGCGGAUGCGGACACCAAGAUUGACGGCGCACUGCGCUCCGGCACCACGGCGAAGUGGAGCAAGUACACGAUGCUCUGCCUCCACUACUGCCGGGAGGACCAGAGCCACGUGGCACGCACCGUCCCGGAGUGCCGUGCGUUGGUCCGGGAGUACAAAAUCUAA